AUGAGCCACAAGAGAGCAGAUCAAAAUGUUGUCACCAGUCUCAAUGUCUCUAUCAAAACCACAUCAUCUGUGUCUCUAACCUGGAAUGAGCCACAAGGGAGCAGGUCCUUCUUUACAGUAAACUGGACUAAUGGCAUUGUGAAUAACAGCUUUGACACUUCUAACACGUCUUACACUGUCACUGGUCUGACUGCUGGAGUGAACUACACAUUCACUGUUACUGCAGUUGCUGCAGAUUACCAAACUACAGGAGCAUCAACUCAAAUCUCAGCAUUCACAUAUCCAAAUGUUGUCACUGGUCUCAAUGUCUCUAUCAAAACCACAUCAUCUGUGUCUCUAACCUGGAAUGAGCCACAAGGGAGCAGGUCCUUCUUUACAGUAAACUGGAUUAAUGGCACUGGGAAUAACAGCUUUAACACUUCUAACACGUCUUACACUGUCACUGGUCUGACUGCUGGAGUGAGAUACACAUUCACUGUUACUGCAGUUGCUGCAGAUAACCAAACUACAGGAGCAUCAACUCAAAUCUCAGCAUUCACAUAUCCAAAUGUUGUUAGUCUCAGUGUUUCUGGCAAAACCACAUCAUCUGUAUCUCUAACCUGGAAUGAGCCACAAGGGAGCAGGUCCUUCUUUAUAGUUAACUGGACUAAUGGCAGUGUUAAUAACAGCAUUAAGACUUCUAACAUGUCUUACAAUGUCACUGGUCUGACUGCUGGAGUGAGCUACACAUUCACUGUUACUGCAGUUGCUGCAGAUAACCAAACUAGAAGAGCAACAACUCAAACCUCAGCAUUCACAAGUAAGUCCUGUACUGUUGUGUAA